AUGGCAUCCUCUGACUUUAUGACAAUCGGGAUGUGGGAGUGCACUGAACUCAACGAGACUAAUCAGCAGGAUCCAUAUUUCAUUUCUGACGUUGACGCUAUCUGCUACUCUGUAGUAAUAUAUAUAUAUCCUCUCACCUACCGUCAAACAUCUCUUGUGACUGCUAUUUCACCACCCACACACCCAUUUUUCCAUUUUUCCAUUUUUAAAUUUUCCAUUCUCGAAAAAAUCAUUUUGCGUCUAUUGAGUUUCCAUCGCCAUUUUUCUGUCCACGCAUCCUGUUUCAAUCUCUGCCUACGCAGGCUCAUUCCCUGCCUAGCGCUCCCAGCUCUAGGCAGGCCAAACCCAGUUUUUGCGUGGGAACCCUCCAUUCCUCAGGCAGAGUACUCCGGACAGCCUCUGCCUAGAAUCUUAGGCUCGCGGCACUACCAAAUUUUCCAGCCUGAGACUGGAGGCCCUGCUCGUACAACGGUACUUUCCCUCUAG